AUGGUUGAAAGGAGUCGACGCGUCGAGAAAGGCAGGCAAAUAAUGUGGUCGACCACUUUAUCGCGGCCGGUUGGUCACAUCAAUUUCGGGUUUCGAUGCAGGAUUCGUUCCGUCUGUGCAUCACGCCGGUCUAUCCUUUCAUCACCUCUUCAGCUCGUCCCAUCACAUUCCAUCCAGUCCAUUUUACGGAUUGUUACCGAUGAUGUUUAUAUAAAUGAAGCAAAUAUUUACGUUGUUUAUCGUUGUGAAUUGCGAAUAAAGCAUUUGUUUAACGGUAUAUUUGUUUCUAAACAAAAAAUAAUGAAUGCUUAUGUGACGACGAUGGUACCAGUAGAAAUAACUUCAAGCAGUAGCAAAAUAAAGUCAUCGUCACCAGCAAAGCGAUGUUUAUUUGCUCGACCAGAUCCAUUAAAGCUUGAUAAAUGGCUUACCGAAAAACUCGAUGAGAUCGGUAUAAAUAAACAACUUCGUUGGUCAUUAAAUUUUCAGUUUGAUGAAUGUAUGCCAUGCGGUUCUGGUGAAUCCGAUUAUAUUGUUACCGCUGUACCAGCUGAAUCGGUGCCAAUGUUUUAUCGUCCAUAUUAUCAUUCGGCUGAUAGUGGAUUUUCAUCAGAUACGGAAAAUCUUGCACCACAUUCGGAUGAUUCCGAUUGUUCGAUAAGUAAUGAACAUCAAAUAAAUGCCAUAAAACCCACAAUACGUACAAAUCCUAAAAAGCAAAUGAAAAUCACUGGUACAUCAUCAUUAACUUUACUGAUAAGAUUAUAA